AUGCCUUCGCUGUGGAAACGGAUAACCUUCUCGGUGGCCUCGGUGUUCUGUGUCGGCUCGGUGGUGCUCCUGGUCGUGGCCUUGUCCACGGAGCGGUGGGUCACCGGACGGAUCCUGUGUAAAACCGGGGCGGAGAUAGUGAACGCGUCCAACCCGGAGCUGGAGCAGUUCAUCGGGGACAUUUACUACGGCUUGUUCCAGGGAGGAAAGACCAAGAAGUGUGGGCUCGGCAACAGGCGCUCCAAAAUAUACAUUUUCCCAAAGCUUGUGCGGGCGUUGAAUGGCGGCCUUCACAUGAUGGUGAUCCUGUUCUUGCUGGUGGCUGUGGGUUUCUCGUUAGUCAGUCUGUCUUUCUGCAUAUACAACGCACGCAAAGUUCCCUACCAGAGCAUCAAAGGGCCCAAAGGCCUCUACCUGUGGAACUUCAUUGCUGCUCUUUUCGGUGCCCUGGGCAUGCUGUGUUUCCUGGCAGCCGUGAGGCACCACAGUCUGACCGAGCGGGUAGCCAAUCAUCGGGAGAACCUCUUCGUGCUGGUUGUUCUGGACGACAGCCUGGACUGGUCCUUCUGGCUGGGUGUGGGCAGCAUUGCGACUCACUUUGCCGUCUGUGGAGUGGUUGCCAUGAGUCGGAUCAAACUGCCCAAACCAGAGAUCAAGAAACCUGAAGAACCCAUCGUCUCUGCUUUGGACCUGCUCUACUGAAGGACCAACCAAGGAGCAUUUACAUCACCGGUGGUUGACUGGAGGAAACCACAAUGACUGACAGCAGAGUGAAACCAGCACUGUGCCAGUGCCAAGAGUCCUGCAUCCCAAACGUACCCUUUGCAUUCUGGAC